UGAGAAAAUUAAUUUAACGGCCGCCUGAAGUCGGAACAACAACUCGGAAAAGCAGAGAACAUUUUAGCACUUUUUCAGCACACUUUGACGACAAUGUUAAUGACAGUUCAGCGUUCAUGUUGUUUCCACUUUACCAUGUAAAAGCACAUGAACCCACCGAGAGCGACUUCACAACACGCGAUCAUACAAGGAGCACUUGACGAGUCCAGUAACUUUGGUUUUAAGUAAUUUAUCUAACAUGUUGCAGUUGAAAGCUCUGGAGCUUCUGUUCUUCUGGUUCUGCCUGCUGACUGUGUCUGGAAUAACUCCUGGACACAUGGAUACAAACGGGUCGGGUGACGUCAGAGUGGUUGUGGAAGAAGGAAGUGACGCAAUUUUACCCUGUUCCCUCAGCACCAAGGAGAACGCAGAGGAGAAACUCUUUGACUGGAAGAAAGAUGGUCCGAAGGAGGUUUUCUUUUAUGAUGGAGGCCUUCAUUACAACAACGGCCGUCCAGGUCAAGAUCAUCAGUUCAAAGGUCGCGUCUCACAUUUUCAAGAAGAACUGAAGUACGGCAACGCCUCCAUCAUCAUCAGAAAUACGAAGGUGACCGACUGUGGAAACUACAGCUGUGAUUUUCCACAUCUUCAGCCAAGACAGAUAUUCAACAUUCAGCUACUUGUUGAUCUCACCUUCAGAAACCGUUUAAACGAAAUCACAGGUGCAGCUGCAGAGCCGUCCAUCACGAUAGUUAACAUCACAGAGUUUGGGGUCCUGCUGCAGUGUGACGUUAGAGGUGCUUUUCCUAAACCUACAGUAGAGUGGCAGGACGGUGCUGGAAACAAACUUACUGCUGAAGAGACACAGGUCUCAGAAAGAGAAGGUCACUUCUACAUCACCCUCCAAACCACUGUGACCAAGACCAAAACCAACCGCUUCUAUUGUGUAGUCCAGCAGGACGACAUCGGUCAUAUAAUCAGUAGUAACAUCGCUUUGCCAGAGAAACUGUUUGAGGACACGUGCAGCAGAGGGGACGUCACAGGAUGGUUGGGUGGAAUUUUUUUGGGAGCUGUAAUUGUUGCUGCAGUUCAAGGUUUUCUUGUAGCUACAAAGAUCAUCACAGUACGCUGUAAUAAAGGAGCAGCUGAUGAGAAACAGAAAAAUGGGAAGAAAAACAAAAGAGUGGAGGAAUCAAACCUGCAGGCUCCACCAGGUUCUCGUGCCCAGGAAAACGGUUUUUGUAGAGCUCAUUCAGAGGAGGUGUAAAGGUGUGUGUGAAUGUACUGAAUCAUGUAGAUUAGUCCAAUGCUGUUUUUUUUUAUACAUGCUGUAUAUACUGUAAAUUGUAAAUAUGUAAUCUAACAGAUCUUUGUGAAACGUGUUAUGGUCAGUUUUUGGUUACACAGAGGGGUUUUGACCAAAUACAUUUUUACAUAAAGCAGCUCAACAACGUUACAAUAGCAGCGUUAUUCAAUUGGUCCAGAUUUUAAAUCCAGGAAAUGUACAUGGGCCAAACAUUUUCAGCUGCCUAUUUAAAACCGUUUUGAAACUUUUUGAAAUGACACAUUAACUAAUGGAAAUUAAUGUUUACAAAAUUGAAAAUAAAAAGUACUUGCCAGUCCAGUCAGGAUUAAAGGGAGGGGUUUCAUUGUUUUUCAUCAUGACAGACAAUCACUAGAGCACUUCUCUAACUUAAAUGUACAUUUUACAGCAGGGAAAAUGUUUUUUAAUCGAAAUGACCAACAUUUCUGCAGGUUAUGAGUUCACAAUGGCAACUAUAAAAGAUGAUUUGUUUGAAAAGACAGAAGAGAAAUGUUAUUUAUUUGUAUUUAAUAGGAAAUAAUCCUUUUAUAUAAUGAGCCACAUAUUUAUUUAUAGAUAAUCAGUGAUUUUACAUAUGAAUGUAAUUUAAAAAGCAGAUGUACACACAGUAAUUCUUCUGUUCAAAAUGAGACAGAUGUAGUUUGUUAUUGACUAAAUACAUAAAACAGUUGGGUUCUCACUGAUUUUACAGAAUCAGAUUUACAAUUGUAUACAAAAAAAUGCAAACUGCUAUAAAAAGUUACAAAACUUUAAUGGUGAAAAAAAAAUGUGAGACUUUUUCUCCUGAUGAGAAAUAGUCACGUUUUAAUCUCGUCUCCUAUCAUGUAUCUGUAUGCUGGGCCACACAGGGGUUGCUUGCUAAAUGCCAGUUAAAUAGGUCGUAUCAACAAAGAUGUAAAAAGUUUCACAAAGAUUAUUUUAUUACUGGAUUCUGUAUAGAUUUUUUACUCUUACGUCUCCAUUUUAUUUCUGAACCUUGUUUGUUGCUUUUGUUUUACUUUGUUGUCAAAAUGUAAUUAUCCACUGGAAAAAUAUAAUAAAUAUAAUAUAAAUAAUCUUGAUGUGCAAUUGUUGUUUGUGUACAGCUGUGGUUAUAGUACUUGCUUUUAUUUUCUAUAGUUCCAAAGCAAAAAUCUUUAAAAAGUUUUAAAGUUAAAAUCUACUUGGCAGUAAAUCAGAUUAUGAGCUUAUUGUUUUGGGUGAUGAAGCCUGGCUGUUCUCUUGAAGCAGCCGCUCCAUCGUUCUUGUUUUAUUUUUGCUUUUUGAGGUCUCAUGGACGCUGCUGACUAAGAGAAAGUUAAAUGCAAUAAUACAUCUGUGAAUUACAGGAGUAUCCUACGCUGUCUUCUUCCCUGGUUUCCCCCUGGCGUUGAUACUAGUGUUCAUUCUGAAUAGUAAACCUCAGGCUGUGUGUUAGAGAUCAGUAAUUCACUUGAAAGAUAUUUCAUUAGUUAAAUGGUUUAAUUAGGGUUAGGGGGUGACAAAUAAUCGUGACUAGUCGAUUAAUCAAAUAAUUAACAGAUUAGUCGACUAUGAAAAUAAUGAUUAGUUGAUUAGUUUUAGAAUAAAACUACUGAAAACAUUCAGUCUGAAAGAAUCCUCUAAUCACCUGAUUCAAAAGGUGACUGAAUUUAAAAAGGAAGACUUGAGCUUAUCACACGGAGUAUGAAGCUGGUGAGGUUUUUAUCUGGACUGUGGCUGAUAAUCGCUUUGUGCUCUCAUUGUGUUAAUACAGUAUGUAAGUAAGUAAAUGUUGUAUUACAAGUUAGCAGCUGUGAUUGUAUUCAUGUAAAUAUCAGUCUACACAUUUGUGAAUAUUUAUUCUGUGACUUCACAUUCAACUCACGUGUGUGAAUAUUGUAAACAAGUUAAAAUGUUCUCACAUUUGGCACCCUAUUUAACUUCAUAUUGUAAGGAGUCACCAGAUAAAUCUGGGGGAUUGUGAGAUGAAUAAUAGGAAAGGAAAGAAGAAAAAAAAACAAUUCUGAUACACAAAUUACUUUUGAGUUCUCAAAUACUAACUUUUUAAAGAAAUGUUAGAUAGUUUUACAUCUUUUUGCCUCAAACAGUUUAAAUGAAUUCUUUACAUGAACUAUGUAAAUACAGCAGUGGUAGAACUAAAUACAUUUACUUAAGUAAUUUUAAUUCUGAGGCUUUAAUGUUAUGCCAUAAUAUGGGAUUAUUCUGACAUAUUUUAAAGAAGUUCCCCGCGUCACCCUUUACAAUCAUGGAACAUAUUAAAAGUGUUAUCCCACUUAUACCAUAGCCACUUAAAGCUACUAAAAUUAGUUGCACCACGAUUACUUGUGGCAUACUUAAUUAGUUUAGGCGUAAAGUCAUAACUAAGGCGAGUGGCCAAUCAACGAUCAAUAAUUUAGAGACAGAGUCAAAGAGAGAUUGUAAUUCAAUGCAGAACAAAUGAGAAUUAAUUCUUUGAAGUGUUCGAGCCUUACAGAUGUGAAAUUUGCCAACAAGACAACAGUUUUAGAGAAUGAUUGAUGGGUUGUGAGUCAGUAUUACAAUUUAGAAACUAGACCAUGUCUUCUGAUAUGGAUGUUAAAGUGUUAAAUAACAGAACAAGUUUCACAAAGGCUGUUUUUAUUUCAGGGAUUUUAUCUCUCAACAACUGUUUGAGUAAGAUCUCGAAACAUUUCUGUACCCUGUAUGUGCUUUGAUUCAUUGUCCUUAGUCUUGUUUUAUUGUUGUAUUGCAUUUGUAUUUUCUCCUCUCUCCAUAAACGUGAAGUAGAUGAAGCCACCAUAAUAGUUCUCGGAUUAAAAACUGUAACGUGGCCUGUUUAAAAUAAUGUAGUGCCAUAAAACCUCUAUAAAAUCUUGAGCUGUAAAAUAAGAUAUAGGCCCCCCUUUAUUAAUCCUGUGUGGGGGGAAAUUCAGGUUAAUGGCCGAGACUGUUUUCUUUUUGUUAGAAGUCCUACUAGACUGAAUACGUUGGGUAUAAUUUGAGCCCAUCUAUCUCUAGGAGCCCAAAACAAAGUCUGAAUUGUUUGUAUUUUUUCUGCAGCUCUUUCGAUUUGGGCAAAUGUGAGAAUAUUUGUGUCAAAGGAAAAAUAAUCAACGAAUAUUCCUCAUUUAGUUUUUUCUUUUCGUCCCCGGUGUGAAAAGAUCUUUGGGACGGGACUGAACUUUUGUUUUUUGUUAUUGGAGUUCACUUGUUUCAGAAAAGUAUGUAGAAUAGCGGACUGGCCCUCAGGAGCACCAGGAGAUUUCCCAAUGACCUGAGGGCCGUUUUGUUCCUCCCAUUGUCAACUUGAACACCAUUACAGCAAGUUUUUUUUAUAUUUUUAUAAUAUAGCAAGCAGGAGACUCCACACAUCAGGCCCGUCUCAAGGCCUUUUCAGACGGGGAGCUACAGUUCUGCCUGGUACAUUGGCUAGAAAUUGAAGGAUGGACGUGUUUAUUUCUGUUCUGUUUGCGUUGUUGCGUUGGACACCAGAGAGCGAGUCUUCAGUUUUUUGUCGGCUGAAGGAGCUUUUUGGACUUUUGUAUUACUGACUCUGAUCGUUGAAGCUUAUGUUCAGUGAACGUGUGUGAAGUGUUUAAUGCUUUUGAUAUGACUGAUGCUUGAAAAAUAAAAUAAUUUAACAUUA